AUGGUUGACACAGAGUCAACAUCUCCAACUAAAGACAUGGAUCCUGAAGAGAAGGAAAUUGUGGUUUGGGUUUGCCAGGAGGAGAAGAUUGUCUGCGGAUUAACUAAACGCACCACCUCUAUCGAUGUCAUCCAGGCUUUGCUUGAAGAACAUGAAGCUACAUUUGGAGAAAAGCGAUUUCUGUUGGGUAAGGCCAGUGACUACUGCAUCGUCGAAAAGUGGAGGGGCUCAGAGCGAGCUCUUCCUCCCCUGACCAGGAUCUUGAAGCUGUGGAAGGCUUGGGGAGAUGAACAGCCCAACAUGCAGUUUGUUUUGGUUAAAACAGACGCCUUCCUCCCAGUUCCACUGUGGCGCACCGCUGAAACCAAACUAGUGCAAAAUAAUGAAAAACCUUGGGAGCUCAGCCCGGCGAAUUACAUGAAGACUUUACCACCAGAUAAACAAAAACGAAUCGUCAGGAAAACCUUCCGGAAACUGGCUAAAAUUAGACAGGACACAGGCUCUCAUGAUCGGGACAAUAUGGAGUGUUUAGUUCAUCUGAUUAUUUCUCAGGACCACACGAUCCACCAGCAAGUGCAAAGAAUGAAAGAGUUAGACAUGGAAAUUGAAAAAUGUGAAGCCAAGAUCCAUUUGGACCGGAUAGGGAAUGAUGGGGCUGAUUACGUCCAGGAGGCGUAUUUAAUGCCCAGGUCCAGUGAAGAAGAGCAAAAGCUAGACUUUCAAUCUGAGGACAGCCAGACCCUCGAGGACCUGAACGACUGCGAGGGGGUGGCACAGCUGGAGGAACAGCUGCAAUACUACAGAGCGCUCAUCGAUAAGCUGUCUGCUGAGAUCGAGAGAGAGGUGAAGGGUGCGGGCCCUGACGGGAGUGAGGACAUGGAGGGAGCAGCUGCAUGUGAGCUGGAGACCUCGGAUUUGGAAAGCGUUAAGUGCGAUUUGGAGAAAAGUAUGAACGCUGGUUUGAAAAUCCACUCUCACUUGAGUGGCAUCCAGAGAGAGAUUAAGCACAGUGACUCACUGCUUCAGAUGAAAGCGAGGGAGUACGAACGCCUAGCCAAGGAGUUCAGCUCCCUUCAUAUCAGCAGCAAAGAUGGAUGUCAGGGCAAAGAAAACCGAGGAAAGGAAGCCGAGGCUUCCAGCAGCAAUGGGGAGAUCCCUCCAUUAACGCAAAGGGUGUUUAACACAUAUACGAAUGACACGGAUUCAGAUACUGGUAUCAGUUCCAACCACAGUCAGGAUUCCGAAACGACUUUGGGAGACGUGCUACUGCUGGCAACUUAACUCUGAGGGCUUCUUUCUGACCUUUAAUGAUACUUUGUGUGGUUUACCAAGGGACUCUAUUCUGUAUGCAACUUUGUGAAAGUGUAAACCAUGCUGAAGUAUUCGGUAGUUAAUAAAAACUAGUGGCCACCCCUGCUUGUUUUCAUAUAGUA